AUGGCCUCUUCUGUCGGCUCCGAUGUCUUCGCCCUCGUUGCGUUUUCAACUAUAUCGAUCGCCGUCCUCGUCCUCCUACGACGCUAUCUUCCCCUACGGACCACGCCGGCCUUCCUCCUAGUCCCUAUCUUCUUCUCCCUCGUCCUCCCCGCGAGUGCCAUUCUGUUGGUUCCGAUUGAUCUUGCGUCAAGCGCACGGGAGAGCGAGCAUGGAGGCAAGGGGAUAUGGUUGCCAAAGAGAGCUGUACUGGUCUCAUGGAGAAUCGUCUAUUGGUUGACCUUUGUCCUGACAUGGGUUGUGCUUCCACUGCUGGGAGAAUACGUGGACGCUGGCUAUCGCGAUCCAAGGUCUCGCAUGAUCUACUCCUUGCGCGCCAACGCCAGGUACCAACUGAUCGUCCUUGGCUGCGCUGUGGCCGGUCUGGUCUAUAUGAUCUUCUCCUACGGCUUCGACUUUACGGCUAUCAGGGGUUUGGUCAUGGCUCUGGCUUACGUCUGGGGUUUGAUACUAGCCAUCUAUCUCAUGGGUCAUGGACUAGUUGCCAUACCUAGAAAGAUGUUCCGGAAAGCGAAUAUCAGUGACAGCUUGCGACGUGUGCAAGCCCAGGCACCCCCGGUUCAUGAGAAGCUGGAGGACGCCAUCUUAGCCUUAGAGGAACUAGGAGCACAGGUGAUGCAGCUCAAACAAAGGAAGACCGGAACCGCCCGGGAUUUCCAAGAAUGGAUCGAGGAGUUGGUGGAUAUGACCGGGCAGUUGGAGAGUCGUGUCUUCGCGAAUCCAAUUACCGUUGAUGCCUCGGCCAAAGUUCCGGCAGUCGUCACGGAGCGAUACCUGGCAGACCUAACCCGGAGACUCGUUCGAGCCCGCCACCGCCGAGCAAGAUACAUUCGUGAAUGGGACAAUAUCGUGCAGACAGCAGCGGAUCUUCAGGCCAUCCUCGACUCAAAAGCAUCCAAGAAGUUGGAUUUUGGCCGGGCGCCCUCGUCCCUCUUCGGUCGAGUCUCCUUCCUGACACCGUUCAUGCGCUACCACUUGUACGUGCAUGUCGUUCCCGCAUUGAGAAUUGCGUUGGGAGGACUCUUCUCGCUUGCCUCUGUGGCCAUCAUCUGGUCUGAGAUGAUCAAAUUCCCUGCGCCUCACCUCUCUGCGGUGAGCCUCACAGUCAUCCACCAUCCCAGCAACCAUAAUUACCAGAUCGGGUUCGGUGGCCAGCUCGUCUCCUCCAUGUGGAUCACGUACAUGUGCGUUUGUGCCCUGAGUAGCUUCAGUGACGUCCCGACCUGGAGACAGCGAGCGCUGGUCAAGAGGAACACCUACCCAGAGUCUGCAUGCUGGUAUUCCGGACAGAUCGCCAAGCUGACGGUUCCCUUGGCCUACAAUUUCCUCACUUUCCUCCCCAAAGACAUCCAGCAAACAUCUACCUUCUACAACUUCCUAGGCCGCCUGAUCAACCUGACUCCACUGGGCACGUGGUUUGACUAUCUAUUCCCCAUGUUCAUCUUGGUGCCCGUGUGUGCCACGCUGUUCAACCUGUACGGCAAAAUCAAAGACAUACUCGGAUUCGGUAUCCUCGAAGACAGUGAGGAGGACAAUCCGUCUGGCUUCGGCACUGGCGGAUGGCGCGAGGGCCGCGACCUCAUCACACGCGAUCUACAGGGCAACCGCUCCACAAGUUUGGGAAUUUCAGAUCCGCCGCGUUCUUCCUCCUCCUUCGAUGUUGCGCGGACCUCACGUGCUGAACCGACGAGAUGGGUCCCCUCCUCCACACAGAGGACAACACCGGGCAUCUCGACGACACGGACUUCAACGGCAUCUAGAGUCGGCGGUUCGAGAGUGCCUCUCGACCCAGAACCCGAGGAACAAAACUUCUUCACCCUGUUCGGCCGGAGGGUCAAAAAUACCUUCGACACCUUCGACACACCCAAGUGGAUGCAGCCGUCGCGUUCAGGGUCAAGCGGUGCGGCUGGCUCCGGAGGAGGAGGAUUAGGCUUCAAGCGCCCGAAAUGGAUGGGUGGCGGCGGCGGUGGUGAUGAUAGGCCAUCUUCCAACCCCCAGGACUCGAACGCCGGGUCCGACCCAGGCUCGAACGUUCUAGGGCUAUUUGGCUCACGGUCAAACGACGGCAGGAUCAUGAUAUAG